UAAUAUGGGCGUUCAAGCCUCGGUUUCCCAGAAGGAAACUUGCAAGAGGCAGCAGCCCCCGAGCACCCAGAGCUCUUAAGCGGCUCGCCCAGGAGGGGCGUGAGAUUCGGCUGCAGCAUCGGUCCAGGUGGGGUCCGCUGAGCGCAGUCACUAGUCCCGGGCUCUCAUCCCGGCACCCCGAAAGCGCGCUCGCCUGCUUCCUCCAAGUUCCCCGACCCGGGGCUUUUUUAUUCCGCCGCUGGCAGUGGGCUCCUCGCGGGCCGAGGCCCGGCGCCUGCUCUGCUGCCCGCGCUGCCUUUAGCGGUCGCCUCCGCCGCCGCUACCAGGGACGUGCUGGGAAAACCGAAGCCCCGGGAGAAGAUGCCGGCCAUCCUGGUCGCCUCCAAAAUGAAGUCGGGACUCCCUAAACCGGUGCACAGCGCCGCGCCCAUCCUGCACGUGCCCCCGGCCCGGGCCGGCCCCCAGCCCUGCUACAUCAAGUUGGGAAGCAAGGUGGAGGUGAGCAAGACCGCCUACCCUAGCCAGAUCCCCCUGAAAUCGCAGGGGCUGCAGGAGCCGGGUGGGGAGGGGCUCCCGCUGCGGAAAAGCGGCUCCUUGGAAAACGGGUUCGAUACCCAGAUUUACACCGACUGGGCCAAUCAUUAUCUAGCCAAAUCAGGCCACAAACGUCUCAUCAAGGAUCUCCAGCAAGAUGUGACGGAUGGCGUCCUCCUGGCCCAGAUUAUCCAGGUUGUAGCAAAUGAAAAGAUUGAAGACAUCAAUGGCUGUCCAAAGAACAGAUCGCAAAUGAUUGAAAACAUAGAUGCCUGCUUGAAUUUCCUGGCAGCGAAGGGAAUAAACAUCCAGGGGCUUUCUGCAGAAGAAAUCAGGAAUGGAAAUCUCAAGGCCAUUCUAGGCCUCUUCUUCAGCCUCUCCCGAUACAAGCAGCAGCAGCAGCAGCCCCAGAAACAACACCUCUCCUCACCGCUGCCGCCCGCCGGGGCCCAGCCGGCUGGCGCCCCCUCCCAGGGCCAGGCUGGCACGCCCCAGCAACAGGUGCCAGCCACUCCCCAAGCGCUGUGCCAGCCUCAUCAGCCACACCAGCCAGCGCCUCAUCAGCAGUCAAAAGCACAAGCUGAAAUGCAGUCCAGACUUCCAGGGCCUCCCACGAGGGUAUCCGCUGCAGGCAGUGAGGCCAAAACACGCGGCGGAGCAGCCACUGCUAACAACCGACGCAGCCAGAGCUUUAACAACUAUGACAAGUCCAAACCAGUCAUCUCCCCACCCCCACCGCCAAGCAACCACGAGAAAGAGCCAUUGGAAAGCCCAGCCUCCUCCCACCCCGGAAUGAGCGAGAAUGCACCUGCUGCUCUGGACAGCAGCGGCAGCCCCAGCCCCGCUAACUGCAGUGCCUCCUCGGCCAUCCCCCAGCCCGGUGCGGCCUCCAAGCCCUGGCGCAGCAAGUCCCUCAGCGUGAAGCACAGUGCCACGUCUUCCAUGCUCUCCAUCAAGCAGCCCACGCCUGAGGCCCCUAGGCCCACCCCCGAAGCCAUCAAGCCUGCCCCCAACAAUCAGAAGUCCAUGUUGGAAAAGCUAAAACUCUUCAACAGUAAAGGGGGCUCCAAGGCAGGUGAGGGCCCAGGGUCCCGGGACACAAGCUGUGAGCGGCUGGAGAUCCUACCCAGCUUUGAAGAGAGCGAGGAGAUGGAAGCUGCUGGCCGCGCCCUCCCCACCGCGGGCCCAGCGUCCAACAGCCCCAAGAUCGCUCUCAAGGGGAUUGCCCAGAGGACAUUCAGCCGGGCACUGACGAACAAGAAGAGUUCCCCCAAAGGCAACGACAAAGACAAGGAGAAACAACAGCGGGAGAAGGAAAAGGAGAAAAGCAAGGACCUCACCAAGAGAGCUUCUGUGACGGAGAGGCCGGACCUCAAAGAGGAGCCGAAAGAAGACCCCAGCGGAGCAGCAGUGACUGAGAUGCCAAAAAAGUCCUCCAAGAUCGCCAGCUUCAUACCCAAAGGGGGGAAGCUCAGCAGUGCCAAGAAGGAGGCCACAGCCCCUUCCCACAGUGGAAUACCAAAACCAGGAAUGAAGAGCAUGCCUGGGAAAUCCCCAAGUGCCCCCGCACCUUCCAAGGAAGGGGAGCGGAGUCGGAGUGGGAAGCCGAGCUCAGGGCUUCCCCAGCAGAAGCCCCAGCUAGACGGCAGACACUCCAGUUCCUCCUCCAGCCUGGCUUCCUCAGAAGGGAAGGGCCCAGGAGGGACCACCCUGAACCACAGCAUCAGCAGCCAGACCAUCAGUGGGUCCGUGGGGACCACUCAGACCACAGGAAGCAAUACUGUCAGUGUUCAGCUACCUCAGCCCCAGCAGCAAUACAACCAUCCCAACACUGCCACGGUUGCACCUUUCCUGUACAGGUCCCAGACAGACACCGAAGGGAAUGUCACUGCCGAGUCCAGCUCAGCGGGCAUGAACAUGGAGCCCAGCCACUAUACCAAGAGUGGACAGCCUGCGCUGGAAGAACUCACCGGGGAAGAUCCAGAGGCUCGGCGACUGCGGACAGUGAAGAAUAUCGCUGAUCUGCGGCAAAAUUUGGAGGAGACCAUGUCCAGUUUACGGGGAACUCAGGUUACACACAGCACAUUGGAAACCACUUUUGACACCAAUGUCACCACGGAGAUAAGUGGACGCAGUAUCCUCAGCUUGACUGGUAGGCCUACUCCGCUAUCCUGGAGACUCGGCCAGUCUAGCCCCCGGCUCCAAGCAGGGGACGCCCCCUCUAUGGGCAACGGGUACCCCCCUCGAGCCAAUGCCAGCCGGUUCAUCAACACUGAGUCGGGCCGCUAUGCAUACCCUGCCCCGCUGAGAAGACAGCUGGCGACCAGGGGCAGCAGCAUCUGCCAUGUGGACGUCUCGGACAAGGCAGGAGAUGAGAUGGAGCUGGAAGGCAUCAGCAUGGACGCCCCAGGCUACAUGAGCGAUGGGGAUGUUCUGAGCAAGAACAUCCAGACCGAUGACAUUACGAGCGGGUAUAUGACGGAUGGUGGACUUGGCCUCUACACCCGUCGCCUGAACCGGCUCCCUGAUGGGAUGGCUGUGGUGCGGGAGACUCUGCAACGAAAUACCUCCCUGGGCCUUGGAGAUGCGGACAGCUGGGAUGACAGCAGCUCCGUCAGCAGUGGAAUCAGUGACACCAUAGACAACCUCAGCACUGAUGACAUCAACACCAGCUCCUCCAUCAGUUCCUAUGCCAACACACCUGCCUCGUCUCGCAAAAACUUGGAUGUGCAGACUGACGCUGAGAAGCACUCACAGGUGGGGAGGAACUCCCUGUGGUCUGGUGAUGAUAUCAAGAAAUCAGACGGAGGGUCAGACAGCGGCAUAAAGAUGGAGCCAGGUUCAAAGUGGAGGCGGAAUCCCUCUGACGUGUCUGACGAGUCCGACAAAAGCACGUCAGGCAGGAAGAACCCCGUCAUCUCCCAGACAGGCUCGUGGCGGCGAGGCAUGACGGCUCAGGUGGGCAUCACCAUGCCAAGGACAAAGCCGGCUGCCCCAGCAGGCACACUGAAGACCCCAGGAACUGGAAAAACAGAUGAUGCAAAGGUGUCUGAGAAAGGAAGGCUUUCUCCCAAAGCUUCGCAGGUGAAGCGUUCCCCAUCAGACGCAGGCCGCAGCAGUGGUGACGAAUCCAAAAAGCCCCUGCCCAGCAGCUGCAGGACGCCCACUGCCAAUGCCAACAGCUUUGGGUUCAAGAAGCAGAGCGGCUCAGCCGCCGGUCUGGCCAUGAUCACAGCCAGCGGGGCGACUGUUACUAGCAGGUCAGCCACGCUGGGCAAGAUCCCAAAGUCAUCUGCACUAGUGGGUCGGUCUACUGCUCGGAAGACGAGCAUGGAUGGGACUCAGAAUCAGGAUGAUGGGUACCUGUCUCUUAGCUCUCGAACAAACUUGCAGUACCGAAGUUUGCCACGGCCCAGUAAGUCCAACAGCCGGAAUGGAGCUGGGAACAGGUCUAGUACCAGCAGCAUAGAUUCCAACAUCAGCAGCAAGUCGGCAGGCCUUCCGGUGCCCAAGCUGAGGGAGCCUUCCAAAACGACCCUGGGCAGCUCUCUGCCAGGUCUGGUCAACCAGACGGAUAAGGAGAAAGGCAUCUCGUCGGACAAUGAGAGUGUGGCUUCCUGUAACUCAGUGAAAGUGAACCCGGCGGCCCAGCCUGUGUCCAGUGUGGCUCAGGCCACUCUUCAGCCUGGGACUAAGUACCCAGAUGUGGCCUCUCCCACACUCCGCAGACUCUUUGGUGGGAAGCCUACCAAGCAAGUGCCCAUCGCCACAGCUGAAAAUAUGAAAAAUUCGGUGGUCAUCUCCAAUCCUCAUGCCACCAUGACCCAGCAAGGUAACUUAGACUCCCCCUCAGGCAGUGGCAUCCUGAGCAGUGGGAGCAGCAGUCCUCUCUACAGUAAGAAUGUGGACAUCAACCAGUCUCCUCUAGCCUCCAGCCCCAGCUCAGCCCACUCGGGCCCAUCCAACAGCCUCACCUGGGGCACCAACGCCAGCAGCUCCUCGGCAGUUAGCAAGGACGGCCUGGGCUUCCAGUCUGUUAGCAGCCUUCACACCAGCUGUGAGUCCAUUGACAUCUCACUCAGCAGUGGAGGGGGACUGAGUCACAACUCCUCCACUGGCCUAAUCACCUCCUCUAAGGACGACUCUCUGACUCCCUUUGUCAGAACCAACAGUGUGAAGACCACACUGUCGGAAAGCCCUCUCUCUUCCCCUGCUGCUAGCCCUAAGUUCUGCAGAAGUACUCUGCCCAGGAAACAGGACAGUGACCCGCACCUUGAUAGGAACACUUUGCCUAAGAAAGGACUCAGGUAUACUCCCACUUCCCAGCUUCGCACGCAAGAAGAUGCAAAAGAGUGGUUCCGGUCCCAUUCUGCAGGCGGCCUGCAGGACACUGCUGCCAAUUCCCCCUUUUCCUCCGGCUCCAGUGUAACUUCUCCCUCCGGGACAAGAUUCAACUUUUCCCAGCUUGCGAGUCCCACUACUGUCACCCAGAUGAGCUUGUCCAACCCAACCAUGCUGAGGACCCACAGCCUCUCCAAUGCCGAUGGGCAGUAUGACCCAUACACUGACAGCCGCUUCCGGAAUAGCUCCAUGUCCCUGGAUGAGAAGAGCAGAACCAUGAGCCGCUCUGGCUCAUUUCGGGAUGGGUUUGAAGAAGUUCAUGGAUCCUCACUCUCCUUGGUUUCCAGCACAUCAUCAAUUUAUUCUACACCAGAGGAAAAAUGCCAGUCAGAGAUUCGCAAAUUGCGGCGGGAGCUGGAUGCCUCCCAGGAAAAGGUUUCAGCACUGACCACCCAGCUGACAGCAAAUGCUCACCUGGUGGCAGCCUUUGAACAGAGUCUUGGAAACAUGACAAUCAGGCUCCAGAGUUUGACCAUGACGGCUGAGCAAAAGGACUCAGAACUGAAUGAGUUAAGAAAAACCAUUGAGCUGCUUAAGAAACAGAACGCAGCUGCCCAGGCUGCCAUUAACGGAGUAAUUAACACCCCAGAGCUCAACUGCAAAGGAAACGGUACCUCCCAGGCUGCAGACCUCCGCAUCCGCAGGCAGCACUCUUCUGACAGCGUCUCCAGCAUCAACAGCGCCACCAGCCACUCCAGUGUGGGCAGCAACAUAGAGAGUGAUUCAAAGAAAAAGAAGAGAAAGAACUGGGUCAAUGAGUUACGCAGCUCCUUCAAGCAAGCUUUCGGAAAGAAGAAAUCUCCAAAGUCGGCGUCCUCUCAUUCAGAUAUUGAGGAAAUGACGGAUUCUUCUUUGCCUUCCUCACCAAAGUUACCGCACAACGGUUCCACGGGUUCCACUCCACUGCUGAGAAAUUCUCACUCUAAUUCUCUCAUUUCAGAGUGCAUGGACAGUGAAGCCGAGACGGUCAUGCAGCUCCGAAAUGAGCUGAGAGACAAGGAGAUGAAGCUCACAGACAUCCGCCUGGAGGCCCUCAGCUCUGCCCACCAGCUCGACCAGCUCCGAGAAGCCAUGAACAGGAUGCAGAGUGAAAUAGAGAAGCUGAAAGCAGAGAAUGACCGACUGAAGUCAGAGUCUCAAGGCAGUGGCUGCAGCCGGGCCCCCUCCCAGGUGUCCAUCUCUGCCUCCCCGCGGCAGUCCAUGGGCCUCUCACAGCACAGCCUGAACCUCACUGAGUCAACCAGCUUGGACAUGUUGCUGGAUGACACUGGUGAAUGCUCGGCUCGGAAGGAAGGAGGCAGGCAUGUUAAGAUAGUUGUCAGCUUUCAGGAGGAAAUGAAAUGGAAGGAGGAUUCCAGACCACAUCUCUUUCUUAUUGGAUGCAUUGGAGUUAGUGGCAAGACGAAGUGGGAUGUACUCGAUGGGGUGGUUAGACGGCUGUUCAAAGAAUACAUCAUUCACGUUGACCCAGUGAGUCAGCUGGGCCUGAAUUCCGACAGUGUUCUCGGCUAUAGCAUUGGGGAAAUCAAGCGCACCAACACUUCCGAAACACCCGAGCUGCUUCCCUGUGGCUAUCUGGUUGGGGAGAACACCACCAUCUCUGUGACUGUCAAAGGGCUCACGGAAAACAGCCUGGACUCUCUGGUGUUCGAGUCCCUGAUCCCCAAGCCCAUCCUGCAGCGCUACGUCUCCCUGCUGAUAGAGCACCGGCGGAUCAUUCUGUCAGGCCCCAGUGGCACCGGGAAGACGUACCUGGCCAACCGGCUGUCGGAGUACAUGGUGCUUCGAGAGGGACGGGAGCUGACAGAUGGGGUCAUCGCCACCUUCAACGUGGACCAUAAGUCCAGCAAGGAAUUGCGCCAGUACCUGUCCAACCUUGCUGAUCAGUGCAACAGUGAGAACAACGCUGUGGACAUGCCUCUUGUUAUCAUCCUGGACAACCUGCAUCACGUCAGCUCCCUGGGCGAGAUCUUCAAUGGGCUGCUCAACUGCAAGUACCAUAAAUGCCCUUACAUAAUUGGUACAAUGAACCAGGCUACCUCUUCUACUCCCAAUCUGCAGCUUCAUCAUAACUUCAGGUGGGUGCUUUGUGCCAACCACACGGAGCCCGUGAAGGGCUUCCUUGGCCGCUUCCUGAGGAGGAAGCUCAUGGAAACAGAAAUCAGUGGGCGGGUGCGGAAUGUGGAGCUGGUGAAAAUCAUUGACUGGAUUCCCAAGGUCUGGCAUCACCUCAACCGCUUCCUGGAGGCUCACAGCUCCUCGGACGUCACCAUCGGCCCCCGGCUCUUCCUUUCAUGCCCCAUCGAUGUGGAUGGCUCAAGGGUGUGGUUCACUGACUUGUGGAACUACUCAAUUAUCCCCUAUCUCCUGGAAGCCGUCAGAGAAGGACUCCAGCUGUAUGGAAGACGGACCCCCUGGGAGGAUCCUGCCAAGUGGGUGAUGGACACCUACCCAUGGGCAGCCAGCCCUCAGCAGCACGAGUGGCCUCCGCUGCUGCAGCUGCGGCCUGAGGAUGUGGGCUUCGAUGGCUACUCCAUGCCUCGGGAGGGCUCGACGAGCAAGCAGGUGCCCCCUAGUGACGCGGAAGGAGACCCGCUGAUGAACAUGCUGAUGAGGCUGCAGGAGGCUGCCAACUACUCCAGCCCCCAGAGCUACGACAGUGACUCCAACAGCAACAGCCAUCAUGAUGACAUCCUGGACUCGUCCUUGGAGUCCACUCUGUGACAGGGUCCCAGCCAUGGAGCCAGCUCACCUCCUCUUCUCCUCGCCCCCCUUCACCUGCACGCUCUGCUCCAUCCUGAAAAUGAUCUCCUGAGCCAGCCUCCAGCCGCAGCACUUGAGCUGCAGGAACACCAAGACCCCUCGUCCCUCAGCCUUGACCUGGGUGCAGGCCCCCCAGUCCAACCACCUUGGGACCACUUCCUUCUGACAGUGAGAACUGCACUACAUUUUGUUUUAUUUUAAUGAUUCUGUUCGGCCUUGUUGCUGUUGACCUCCCUAAGACACUGAAGAUACUUCUCGGGAAAGGCUCAUCACUGCUGAAAUGAAAAGGGAAAGAAAGAACCCACUAGAAGCUCUGAAACCAAACUGUAUCCUACUGUGAGCUGCCCAGAGACAGAAGAGACUGGAGCAAAGCUGGAAAAGCAGACAGCACUGCUUCCCAUCAUCACAGUCCCUGCGAACCGGGUCUAGCCAUCAGCGCCCCCACAUCCACGCCAACCCGCCUCCUGCCCAGCUCACUACAGAGAGAACUGGUGCUAACUAGGGCACUUACUUUGGUCAUCCUCAACAAACUACACAGCUACGACACAGGGAAACCUUAGGAAAAAAUUAAUCGUGCUUUUUCAGUUUUAUUAAUGGUGCUCUCCUUCUCUGAGAGGUAUUUUGCCUGUUCCAAUUCAACCACACCUUUCAGGUCCAUCACCCUCUGAUGAAUCCAUGUGAGCGAAUGAAGGGAUGAGAGUGUGAGCGUGCGGAUGUGGCUGUCAGUGCAGAACAGCAUGUGUCUGUUUCCGUAUGUAAAAAUGAAUCAGGUUUCUUUUCUCAAACACUGUGUAUAGUGAGAAUUGCUCUACUUUGGAGAACUGAUUACCCCUUUGAAAAUGACAUCACAUUUCUCUUUUACUGGCUCAUUGAUUUUGAAGAUGUUUCUCCCUUCCCUCAUGGUCAGAAUCAAUCCUUUGGCGAAAGUAAGAACCGCAGGAGUUGAGUUUUGGUUUGGUCCUGCUCAAUUAUGUUUUUUAGUUGUCCAUCCUAACAGUUCUACAUGCUCGCCUCCUACUGCUGGAGCUGGGGGUCUUUUUGUCUCUCUAAAGUGGACGAGGACUCCAUCCUCAAGACAUAGGUGAGCCAUGACCUUUUCUCCUCGUCCUUGAGGCUUCAGAGUGCACAUCUAUACCUCGAGCAGCCCAGCCCCAACUGCAGAUGGGUGGUGAGGUCACCUUGCAAGACUUGCACUUUUUUGGGAACCAACAAGACACAACUCAACAGGAGCGGCCUUCCCAGCAGCCCCAGCCCCUCCCUCCAUCCGGACAAGCCUUGCCUGACCUCUUCGGUGCUGACCUUCCCAAAGAGAUGCCUUACUGGUUUUGUACUAACCGUGUUCAUUUACACGAGUGCCAUGCCUGACUGGGGGUUCGUUUUUUGUUUUCCCCAUCGAAGCAAACAGGGCUAAAAAGUCAUCUUUUCAUUAGGAGCACCCAACUUGCUGUGAUUUUUCUCAUCUAAAAGACUCAGUUGUGUGGAUGUGUGACUAUGGGAAAAAUGAAAAAAAAAAAAUUCAUUUUUGGUUCUUAUCAGUCUCCAGCCAACAGCCAGACUGGAAUAAUGAUCUGUCUCUUAUGCAGGAAAAGGCAAACUUUCCUACAAGUCUACAUGACAUUGCUGAUACACGCCCUGAUAGAAACCCAGUUUGCCGUGUCUUCAACAUACUGGUAUUUUCUUUCCAGAGUGUGGUAAAUCUUUGAGUUGUUGUUUGUUUUAUAGAGAGUCUUUAUUGUACCCCAGUGAGGGUUUCUGUUAAUGAUCAGGGUUUUUAUUCCAUCUUUUGCAUUUCUAUUUCUGAGAGUAUGACUCUUUGCUUUCUUACCUUCUUACCACAAGAGCUUGACCUGAAACUGCUCACGUCACAUUGGCUGACGCCAUUUUCUUCCUCUUUGAAAGGAAACGGGGAAAGUGUCCCACUAACUGGUAAACGGAAGGCCUCUCCACUCUGUCCCUGCUUUAAUCCCAGUAAACUCAGACUAUUCAACUUAGCUUUUAUUAGUCGACUGUGCCUGUGUGUGUAUCUGGUUCUGUUUUUGUUCUUAAUAAAAAUUUUAAACCAUAUAGUUAGCCUGUGACCAAGGGCCAAACCCUGAGCCCUCUGGUAAACCCAAAGGUUGGCCCUUCUCAGAUGAUUUUAUCUCCCAACGAUGAUCUUACACUUUCAUACUGUGAAUUUGGGAGAAGAUAAAAUUGACUUCUCCUCGUGGGCAGUUUUCCCAGUCACCUUGUGAGUAGACACCUAGCAAUAUUGUUUGAAACAUUUUUUUUUUUAUGACGCCCUCUCUUCCUCUUCUCCCAUCUCUCACAGACUUCCCUCCCACUGGGUCCAGGCUCAGAACCGAGAUCUCUGUACCUGGUGCAGCCCGAUUGGUGAGUGGUGAGUUCAAGUAGCAUGACCCUUGUAGGAUUCACAACUCGGGGUCCUUCCUAAAGUUUCCGGAAGCAGAGAUAUCUAAUAUGCACAUUUCUUAUUUUGAUCAUAUUUUAGCGUCACUCGCCUUUGACGAAGUAACUUUGUGCUCAUUUAGGGCUCUGUCCAAAAUGCUUCCAUUUUGCUUUUUUCUACAGUUAGGCUAAUUCUGAAAUGUGUGAAGUUCUAUGCAACAUUUAUGUUGAGUUACCAAUGGAAGCCAAAAGUUUUCUUUCCAAACUGCCAAGAAUUAUACAGGCCAUAAAUGAGAUGGGAAUGCCUUUUAAUUUAAGGUGGGGGUGAGGGGGUGGGGAAGGGACAAGGAAAAGGACUCAUCUAGAUCUUUGUUGUACCUUGGGGACAUUUUUUAUUUUAUUGUUGAUGCUUAAACUUCAAAGUGCUGUGUAUUCAAAUUUGUCUGAUCAUGACGAAUCUACUUCAAAAGGAAAAAGAAUCCAACUUUAUGGAUAUUGAAUGGAAGUUUUGCUGUUUUGAGCUAGUUAUUUUCAGUGGAGCGGUUUAUGAAAUAUGUUCUAUAAGAUGUACAUUUUUUCAUUGUAACAUAGAAAUUGUAAAUAACUGAUUAAAGUGCUGCAUUUUGAUGAAUUUUUUCUAGCCAUUUUUAAAGAGAAAACUAGGAAUUGAGUAUUUUGUGUACGGUAUGUUUCAUCCUUCCUCCUUCCCUCCCUCCCUCCCUAUUUAAUUUUCAUUUGUCAUGAGGUUUUGAAUUUGCCAGUGAUCUGUUGGAGAUCAUGCCCCACAUCAUAGAGAAUAAAGCUGAUGAUUGUACCAGUCUUAAAUUAUUCAUGAUUCAAUAAAAUUGAUGCUUAUUUAUUCAGA